UAUGAGGAAUGAAUAGUUUGAUGUGUUGGAAUUCCAAUAUUUUUAUUUCACGUUUAUAUCAUUGUAAAUAAUACGUGACUCUUAAAUACAAAUAUGACAUCGUUUGAAGCAAAAUUCGAUAUGUAUCCAGCUGGAGAUGUGGGAGUGGUGGAGGGGGAAAUGAAUGUUCCGACACGGGGAGUUCCCUCCGGGGACAGCAUGGAAUUCAACACCCUAGACGAGCCUAUUAAAGAAACAUUUCUCCGUGACCUUAGAGCUGUUGGUAACAAAUUCUAUCAUGUCCUUAUCCCCAGAGAAAAGACCAGUUUGUUAAAAGAAUGGGACUUGUGGGGCCCGCUGCUGCUGUGCACGCUGAUGGCCACGUUUCUGCAGGGCUCCGCCGAGCGCGCCGACGAUUCCAACGACGGCGGACCCGAGUUUGCUGAGGUGUUCGUACUGGUUUGGAUAGGCGCCGCCGUUGUAACCAUCAACUCCAAACUAUUGGGUGGAAAUAUCUCAUUCUUCCAGUCUGUGUGCGUACUGGGCUACUGCCUGUUCCCAGUAGCGCUAGCACUGGUCAUCUGCCGGAUAAUACUGUUCUCCACGCAGAACACCUUCUUAUUCUUCCUGCGCUUUGUCAUAUCCAUGAUUGGGUUUAUGUGGGCGACUUUUGCGGCCACAAAAUUCCUAGGCGACAGCCAACCAGAAGGCAAGAAGGCCCUCGCAGUGUACCCCAUCUGCCUGUUCUAUUUCAUCCUGUCGUGGCUCGUCCUAUCCCACAGCAAUGUCUAAGCGCACACUAAGAUAAGUGAAUUUGUGUAUUUAUUAUUGUGAUACGGACAAUUUACUAGGUUAAUUAUGUGAAUAAUUGAUGUAAAUUAAGUCAUAGUUAUUGACUGUUAAUAUAAUGCUAUCGGAUCAA